AUGAUGGAACAAGGAAUCUCCCCGGAUGAAGUCGCGUUGCUUACAAUCUCGUCGGCGGUGGCACGGUAUGGUCAGCCCCAGCACGGGUAUGAGGUUCACGCCCAUUUGGUGAGGAAAUUUGGUAGGCUGCACAAAGCCACAGUGACUUCUCUUGUGAACAUGUAUUCGAAGAUCGGGAGAAUGGACUAUGCAAGCCGAAUUGCUAAUGCAGGGGUCAAGAACAACGUUGCAGCAAUGACCGCAUUGAUGACUGGUCUGCUUAAAGUGGAUGAUGCUCACGGUGCAUUGAUAGUGUACCAGGAAAUGAUGGAUUCAGGGAUAGAACCAAAAGAAAAGACCAUAACUUGUGCCAUUAGGGCUGCCUCAAAGUUGGGAUUACUUAAGCUCGGGACUCAAAUUCAUGGCCGUGCAGUAAAGAAGAAGAUUGAAGUGGAUGAUCACCUACUCAGCUGCUUGAUCGACAUGUACAGUCUUUGCGGGGCUCCCACCCAUUUGUGCCGGCAACUGUUUGAUCAAAUGUCUGUUAAAAAUGUAGUGCUAUACACUGCGAUGAUAUCUGCCUAUGGAAGACAAGGCGAGGGGCGCAGUUCACUUCAGCUUUUCAAUGACAUGAGAGCAGCUGGUGUUCUAAUAGACUCUGUUGCAUUUACCGCGAUCCUCUCGGCUUGUAGCUCAUCUGGGUUUUUGCUUGAAGGGUUGAAGUGUUUCAAUUCUAUGGUUGCGGAAUAUGGAAUUAGACCAAGGGAAGAACAUUAUGCUUGUAUCAGGGGCUUACUAGCAAAGAGUGGAAAGCUGGAGCAAGCAUAUGUGGUGAUAGAGCAUAUGAACUUGAAAGAUGACAGAGGCAUUUGGGAGGUUUAUUUGGAUGUUGCCAGGAUUCAUGGAGAUGUGGGGUAUGCUGAAAUUGCUUCAAGAAAGCUUUUGGAGAUAGAAACGGGGUAA